AUGUACAUUCUAUUUCAAGUAUGUCUCACAUGUGCAGGUAUUCCCGGAGAAGGACACAUACUAUGCAAAAUCUGUGGAGACAAAGCGUCUGGCUUCCAUUACGGUGUGUUCUCCUGCGAGGGCUGCAAAGUGAGUAUUGUGCUGAAUCUCAUAAGGGGCCGUCGACAGUGUCUAAUCAUGCGGAUCAGCCGCAACCGGUGUCAGUACUGUCGGCUUCAAAAGUGUAUCUCUUCGGGUAUGUCCCACGAAG